CGCCACACGGAGUGAAAGGAGGAUAAGAAAGUGAUGAAGGCUUGAGUGUGUUUUUUUGUUUUUCUCCCAGGAAGGCUCGAGAACUGUUUUUGGUUGUAUUUACAGAGUGGCACACCAAAGAUUCACAGCAGCCAAAAUGCUUUGCCACGUUACCCGUCCAGAUUCGGUGGUGAUGGAAGUGGAAGUUGAUGCGAAGGCGAACGGUGAAGACUGUCUCAAUAAGGUUUGCAGAAAGUUGGGUGUAAUUGAAGUGGACUACUUUGGGCUGCAGUUCACAGGCAGCAAAGGCGAGAACCUGUGGCUGAAUCUGAGGAAUCGCAUCUGCCAGCAGAUGGAUAAUGUGACGCCCUGUCGGCUGAGGCUGCGGGUCAAGUUCUUUGUGGAGCCCCAUCUCAUUCUGCAGGAACAGACGAGACACAUCUUCUUCAUGCACGUGAAGGAGGACCUCCACAACGGUCACCUGCGUAUGGGCUCGGAGCAAGCAGAGGAGCUGAGUGCACUCCUGGCACAGGCAGAGUUUGGUGACUACAACCAAAACACAGCCCAGUACUGGUAUUCAGAGCUGUGUGGAGAGGAGCCCAGCACUGCCACGAUCAACAGCAUCAUUUCCAGGCACAAAGCUCUGGAUGGUAUGAGCCAGGGCUCAGUGGAGUAUCAGGCGCUGCAGCUGGUCUCCUCUCUGGAGCACUACGGCGUGGAGUGGCACUGGGCCCGCGAUGCAGGCGGUCAGCGCUUGGCCAUCGGAGUCGGCCCUGAGGGCAUCGCCAUUUGCAAGGAGGACUUCAGCUUAGUAAACAGGAUAAGCUACCCCAUCAUCCAGAUUGCCACCCAGUCGGGGAAGAGUGUCUACCUGACAGUCACCAAGGACACAAAUGAUAGCGUGGUUCUUUUGUUCAAGCUAAUCAGUAACCGAGCAGCCAACGGGCUGUACCGGGCCAUCACAGAGACCCACGCUUUCUACAGGUGCGACACAGUUACCAACGCAGUGAUGAUGCAGUACAGCAGAGACUUUAAAGGCCACCUAGCUUCACUCUUCCUCAACGAAAACAUCAACCUGGGCAAGAAAUACGUUUUCGACAUCCGACGCACCUCCAAGGAAGUGUACGACCACGCUCGCCGCGCGCUCUACAACUCCGGCGUCGUGGACCUGGUGUCCCGCUCGGAAAGCGGCGAGCGCUCCUCUCCUUCACGCUCCCCAAGCAGGGACGAGCAGCAGGACGAGGGGCUGGACUGUGGCAGCUGCCAGCAGAGCCGGGCCCUGCAGGAGCGGCUGCAGAAGCUCAGGGAGGCUCUGUUGUGCAUGCUGUGCUGCGAGGAGGAGAUAGAUGCUGCGUUCUGCCCAUGCGGCCAUAUGGUGUGCUGCCAGACCUGCGCGAGUCAGCUUCAGCUGUGUCCCGUGUGUCGGUCCGAGGUGGAACACGUGCAGCACGUCUACCUGCCGACCUGCACCAGCCUGCUGAGCCUGACGCUGACCAGCAACCACCAGCACCGCAGCAGCAUUCCUGCACCCAUCCACAGAGACAUGGCGUCUCCUCACACCUGCUCCACCACCGAGUAUGAACACAAGCUCUACCACACAUAAAGACGGCUCCAGUCAACCUACCAAACUCCACUAUGAACACUUUGAAGCUAUACCAGCCAGAUUUCAUGCGUUUUUCCUGCCUGGACUUCACCAACUACCAAACAUAUAGAAACUCCUGAGCAUAAUCAAAGACCGGCACACUCAGCUUUGGUGUGUUUUUAUUGUUAUUUCACUUUUGGACUGUCAGUUUGUCUGAUUUGGUUUCUUAGUGUUGUUGUUGUUGGUUUGUGUAUCAUUCUGUCCAAGUCGUCUUUGUUUUAAACACCCACCACAUCGUGAUUUUUAGAUUAGGCUCUUAUUGUCCUUGUUAAUUAAGUUAUUGCAUCAGUUGAUCUGAUACAGAAUUUUGCUUUUGAGCUUCUUUUUUUUUUUGGUUGUUUGCUCCAUAUCAGGCUCCUAGCCCCAGAACCCGAUCCAUAUGACGAACCUAUGUGUUUUAGAAUAGCUGAACACUGUGCAUAUUGAUUGAGUCUUUUUUUGUUUUUUUUUUCAUUUUUAAAACUUUUUAAAAGUUGUGUUUUGAUUUGAGAACUGAAUUUCAUGGUGUAAUGGAGUGAAAUGCAUUAUUUUUUUUAAUAUUAUAUUGUUUUUCAUGUUCCAUGUUUUCCAUGCCAAUGAUGGGGUGUUCAGAGGCUAAGCAGUCCUGCUCCUCGAUGUACUAAUUGGACUCAAAAGGAAGACUACCAUGGUCUUAUUCUGAUCUCGGAGUCAAACUAGAGUCUUGGGGGGUCUUUUAGUCCAUCUGAACUGUAUCUCGCUGACACUCCUUCAACCUCUCACCUCAAAACAAGGUCUUGAUGAUUAACUGCCAUUUCCAAAACAACAGGCCUGGUUUCAUAGACUGCUCCGCUCUCACACGUUCAUCUCCAUCCAAACAGAAAAGCAGAUAUUAAGAGGACUAAAAGACUCCUAGUAAACAAAGAACCACAAUUCUCUGCAAAAAUAGGAAUCUGUCCAACAGCAGCUGCUUCCUCUGAAAACCCCAGCUAUAAAUUUCUUCUCUGGGGUGUACUAGUGAGCUCUUUUUGAUAUUUUAAAGGGUACUAGGAGAUCUGUACGUGCAAUACUUGCUUGCUUUUGUUUUUUUUUGGGUUUUUUUUGCCAAGCUUUUUGUUUUUUUAUUUAAUUUCAAAGACUGUAUUUAAAUUUUUAAAAACAGCGAUAUUGUCACUUUACCAAGGAAGUUUUCCACAUGUCUGUAGGGGGUUUUGGCCUUAAUGUAGCAGCAACACGUGUUUAUUAUUAUUACAAACUUUCCACAGACUUUUUUUUUUUCCUGUUAAGAAAAGGAAAACAUUGUUUGUUUAAUGCUGACACAGUUAUGCUCAGUCACUGCAGGGGAAGGACUUUUAAUUUUCACAUCGUACAAGUAGCGAUUUGUUUCUGUUUUCUGAAGCAAAUGCCACUAUGCUCUGUAAAAUAACUCUUAGAAUUAAAUCCUUUUUAUAUAUAUAUUCUGCUUUUAACAGAAGAGAAAGUAUUAAUAAAGUUGUUUUUUUUAAAAACA